AUGGAGGCUGAAGAAUCCGCGUCUCCCGUUGCGGUUCCGACCUGCGUGUUGGAUCAGCCCAUAAACCGACCAAAGACAAAGGUUUCUUUGAGCGCUUACGCCUUUUUGUUUAGCGAAAUGGUUCAGUAUAGCAUGCGUAUAGCUACCAAAGAGAUCCCAUUUACACAGAGGCCCGGCGGCAUAACUGCCAAAAAAGUCAAUGAUCCAGAGUCAGUUCAUGGCUUUCACAGUUAUGUUCAUGAAAACAACACACCGUUUAUCCUAAGUAAAAGUCUAGGUGGAGGUGAGGAACUAGGUGGGAAUGAUGUUGAAGGUGUUACCAAGGUUUCCAUUUUUUAUUGGGAUGGAGAUGAUAGUAACCCAAAAAAACCACUCCUCUUGGAGAUUAUUAAGAAUAAUAUUGAUACAGAAAAGGAGUACUAUUAUAAGUACGGGAAAGAUGAAAGGGAGGCAGGUGAUCAACAACAUAUUUGGAGACACCAGAACAGAGAUGGUUCAAUAUCGUUACAGAGCAGACUCGAUGAAAGAAACCUUGGUAUAAACAACGUUUUUCCUCUCGACCUAGAAAACCCUGAAAAACGCAUACAAUCUACUUCUAAUGCCGCAAAAGAUAAAGGUCUAGAGCGAGUUUCAUCGGUCCCUCAACUCACGGGAACUGAUUACGUUGUUACGGAGUACAGAUUUAUUAAUCAUGAUGGAAAUACCAGAUUUUCUAGAGUAAUGUACAAGAAGGAAAAGGCAAAUGGUAUUAGUGUUCCCUUUGGUAUAACUACAAAUGUUCGACUCUAUUCGUCACCAGUGAAUGGGAGUACACCACCACUUAUGUUCGAGUUUGUUGGUCUUUCCGGCGGAAAUUCCACCUUUUUUGAUAGCAAAGAUGGUAGAAAUUGGGGGAAGGUUAUUAAUUCAGAUGGAUUCUACGAUAAAAACAAGUCCAAAGACAAUCCUCCACCUACUGAACUCCUCACAACAAAACUGGAUGAGACAUUAUGUUCAUACUAUAAUGCAGCUACUAUAGAUCUUACAAAAAGACACUCUGGACAAUAUGUUACUAAUAAGGGCUAUUGUUGCACUGGUAGUCACGGCUCUAAGAGGGUCUCUGUUAUUUCUGUACAGGUUUCUUGUACAGAUUCUAGUCAUACCUCCAGCAAGCUUACGGCUUAUAAGCACUCUGUUCCCAAUGGAAAACUGGCUGGUAUUAAGUUCUACCUUAGUUCAGAUGACACUAAAAAGGAUAGGAAACGCAUAACAUCUAGGAAAUUAGGCCUUCCUAUAGAAGGUCCCGUACAUGUAUACGCUUUCUACUGCAAAGAUAAUCCCAUACUAGUCUAUGUUGAAAAUGGAGGGUCUGGUUCUCCAGGAUGGUACAGGAAGAACAGGAGUAAUGACAAGUGGACACCAACUUCUGUACUCAAAGAUAUAACACCGACUAAUAUUACAGACUGUAAGAAGUGGAAUAGAUUUGUGGGACUACUAAAUCAACUUAAAUGUACACAAUUUAAAAAAUGCCUUAACUCUGAAUCUUCAGAACUAGGACGUUCCGAAGAUAGUUCUGGAGGCGAAGAAGAGAACGACAUUAAGUUGGAAGAAUCUGAGCCUGAAGAAGAGAAACCUCCACAAGAAAAAGAUGGUAAAAAGGGUGAUAGAGGACCUGAAGGUGGUACCUAUGUUCCUGUUCCACCUCCUAAAGGACCUAAACCUGUAGAUGGUGAUGAUAGUAAUCAUGCUAAUGAGGCUGGCACUGCUUCUAGUCAACUUGGUAGAGAUGGUGCCGGUAAAGCUGAAGCUAGAGAGUAUCUUCCUGGCACUCUUAAAGCUCAUCCUCAACUUUCUCAAGAACCUCAAAAGACCGAUCUUCAAGCAAAAAAGGAUGUUCUUAAAUCUCAUGAAAAUGCUCAACGAACUGCUGCUAUCUCAUCUGCUAGUACUCAUGAUGGAAUUAAACGAGCAUAUAAAGUUACUGCUCCUGGUUCUAUACUUACUGUUUUUGAUGCUGCUAUUGGGCUAGCGUAUGCUGUUCUAUCUCUCAGUGCUGAACAAGAGACAGAUUCUGUUAGAUCAUCUGACAAAGCUGCUACUAAUCAACCUCCUUCACCACCUCCUAGAGGACCUCAAGGACCUGGUAUAAGAGUUACUGCUGAAAACUCUGACUCUCUUCAAGCGCAAGAUGUCAGUAGUCCAUCUUCUGAAGGUACUCAACCUAAUACUACUGUCUUAUCUAACCUAGGCACUACUCGUACUCAAUCUCUUUAUCAAGAAUCUACUGCUGAUGCUCCUUCUACUCUUGAAUCUCCUGCUUCUGAAAAACUUGCUGUUACUGGUCCUGGUCUUGUUCUUGGUGGUCUAGGAUCAUGGUCAAUCUUUGGAGCAUCUUCUGGUACCCUUGCAGGAAGUGGCGCAGUUGGUCUGGCAGGUUAUAAGCUCCUUAAGAAUUCUAGAGACCCUUGGGUUAGACAGAUUUAG